UUAUCGAAACUCAGUGUUAUGAUACUGGUCUCGCUGAUCGGUGGCUAGUAAGUGAUUAUUUAUUAUUAAGAUUUUUUUUUAUGUUUUAUGUUUUGUAAAAUAUAAUUUAUUUUAAAACCUAGUCAAAACCGAGCUUUACAUAAAACUUUUUUUUCUUGUUAUAAAUAAUAUUAUGUUUUAAUUUUGUUCGCUCUUAUAUCAAUAAUCGUAUCAUAAUGGAUAGUUCUGAAUACGAAUCGGUAAGAAAUCAAACACUUUUGUUUUUUUUUGAAAAACUAUUAGACAAAGGAACUCCGAGAUCAUUACAUGAUCUUAGCUGCCAGUUUGGUUCUAAAGGCUUCACUAAAGAAAUGCGUCAAAUAGCUGGUGGCUCACAAUCUGGACUAAAGAAAUUUCUAUCCCAACAUCCUUCAUUAUUUACACUAGAUGGUGAUUUAGUAGCUGCAUCUCAAAUCGUUGCACCAAUUCAAACUGAUUCUAACUAUAAUCACAAAGCUGUUGAUUAUUUUAGAGAUAAAUUACAAAAAUAUGGAGUUGGAACGGAAGUACCUAUUCGAUGUCUUCUUGGUCACCGUUCUCAAGCCCCUCCAGAAAUUCGUCUAAUAUCUGGACUUCAUAUAAAAGAAUUUAGAGAUUUUUUGUUAAGGUACCCUGAUGUGUUUACUGUAGGUGAUGAUAGUGUUAUUCUUACAGAAUAUGCUGGUUUAGAACGAAAAAUGUAUGAUGAUAGUGACAAACAAGAAAUUAAAUUUGAUCCAGAAAUUACUAAACGCUUAUUAACAUUUUGUGUUCAAUGCUUGGAGUGCAAGGGGCCUAUGCUUACUGAUCAACUAUUUCAUAGCAUCUCAUUACGCUUCACAGAAAAUACAUGGUCACCAAUUUUCAAAACUCCUACAGAUUUAUUUACAUUUUUAAAAAUGAACCCAGAACAAUUCAACACACAAUCUAACUUGAUCACUCUAGUAAAAAAUAUUCCUAAGCCUGAACCAAAAAUAACUCGAACUCCUAUUGAAGUGGUACCCUUAACUCCACCUAUGUCACCACCUUUACAAAAACCAAUAAAAAAUCAGUCACUUAAACAACGUAUCAACAGUUUAGUAAUGAAAACAAUUGCUGAAAACACUGAACGUAAUAAUAAAACACCUAAUUGUCAAGAUGAUGGUGAUGCUUGGAAAAACAAGAUGGUUAAUAAUGUAAAAGCAAUUGUGACGAGCAUUAAAGAAUGUUCCAAUAUAGUAGAGAAAAUAGUUACAAAAAAAUCACCUAUUGGUAUAGAUUUUGAAGGUGUUUGUAUUGGAGCUAAUGGCCAACUUAGUUUAAUGCAGAUAGUCAAUGAUGUUGGUGAAUGUUAUAUAUUUGAUUUAAUAGCAUGCCCACAGCUUGUUAAAAAUGGUGGACUGCAAAGUUUACUUGAAAAUUUAGAUGUAUUAAAAGUAAUUAACGAUUGUCGAAACGAAAGUUUAAAUCUGUACAACCAGUUUGGAAUCACUAUGAAAAACGUGUUCGACACUCAGGCCGCCAUAGCAGUAAUCCAAUAUCAAGAAACUGGUCAACCUGUUUACAAAGCAAAAAAUUGUAGUCUUAAUGCUAUGUGUGAAAAAUAUGGAUUGCCAUCAAACCCUACCAAAGAUCAGUUGAGGGCUCUUAAUAAAAAAGAUCAAAGAUAUUGGCUCCGUAGACCAUUAUCAAGGGAUAUGUUGGCCUUUGCUGCUAGUGAUGUAGUUACCUUUAUGCCUAAUUUGUAUAAUGCUAUGUCUACUCAAAUUCAUCCAUUUAACCAAAAAUUAUUAGAAGAACUAUGUGAAGAACAAGUUUAUUUACUUAUUGUACCAGAUAAUGUUCAAAAACGCAAACACCAGCGAAAAAUUGAAAAUGAGUUGCACGCUUUAAAGGAAAAACUUUCUUCUGAUAAUGGGAAAAGUGUUGUUCUCAGCAAUAGAGAAUUAAGAUUACUCAGACACUUGGAACUAACUGAUGAAGAUAAAGAAAAAUUAAAAGGUUCUUUGAAGGUUGCUAAAAAAUUAGAAAAAAUGGAAGGAAAGAAUAGUAAAAUUAGUGGUGAAGAUUGUGAUUCUAAUGAAUUCCUCAGUUUAGACAGUAACUUUAGUGGUAAAUCUACAUCAUCAGAUAACUCUGCUUCUGGUGGUGAAUUCCAAUCAUUAGUAUCAGAGCAACCCAGUUUAACUGAAUCAAUGCAAAUGAUGGACGAUGUGUUAUCUGAUAAGUUAAUGGAUCGUUUAGAAAAAAUUGAACGAUUAGAAUCACUUUUAACUAUGGCUAUGGAUGCUGAACCUGAUCAAUCAGAUAGUCUUGAUAUUUCACCUAUGGGCUGUAAUUGUUCGUGUCACCUUUUUGUUACAGAAACUGUUGAUAUGUCUACACAAACUGAAACUUUGUAGACUUUCUUAUAGUUCAAAUGGGAAAUAUUUGGGAUACAAAUUUGUGUUACUUUGAAUUAUCAGAAACAUGAGCUGAUAUUUUCAGUUGUAUUGGCCCAGUAUUACUUUGCAUUGAUUGAUAAACAAUAUUAGCAAUACACUGGGUCUGAGUAUGUAAAUAAUAUCUUAAAGAAAAUUUUUAACAGGGUUGAGUAUGUACAAUAUCCGUCCAUUAUUUUAUUGUACCUGCUAUAUAAUCAGUAUAGCAGUUAUAAAUAAUAAGCAAUAUUUUACAACAAUAAUGAAUCCGCUGUGCGGUAAGACAUUUUAGACUGAAAAUUUUAAUAUUAUUAGUUAUUGUAUAGUAUCACGUGCCUUUAUAGAAUAUAAGAAGUUUGUUUUGAUUAUUUUACUCUAGUGAAUUUGUUUGCUCAAACAGUAUUACAUUUAUAAAUUGUUAGUUAAAUGUACCUAUAAUAAUUCAAUGUCUUAUUAACAUAAAUUAUUGCCUACUAGUCGUUAACACAGUUUAUUUGUCUUCCCAGUUUAAAACUUAAUUAUUUUAACUACUUUAAGUACACUGUUGACAGUAAUAUUAUGUACACAUAUCUGCAGUAUUUAUUUUAUUUAAAACGUUGUUAUAUUAUUAUUUCUGAAAUUUGACCAGUAAUUAUAUUUAUAAUAUGUGAUUUAUUUGAUGUAUUUAUUUAACAUAUUAUGUUAUUUAUUUACUUACUAAAUUGAAUUAUAGAAUAUGUAAUAUAAUUAUUUUAUGGAACUAA